CAGCCCUGCGCCCGCCGCGCCCGGGCGUCCCUCGCUGUCUCCUCAGGCUGCUCUGUUACUUUAGAGCGAGCUGAGCCGGCAGCAUCCCGGGCAUUUCCAGCGAGCUCCCGCCAACAGCACGGCACUGAUUGAAAUUUAGGCGUCUACAUAGAGGAGAGGAAGAUCCUCGUCUUCCGAAGCCUCCUCAAUGAGUGCCAAGCUCUCCAAGGAGUUGAGGCUGUCCCUGCCACCGUGUCUCCUGAACAGGACGUCUGCCACCUUAAAUGCCAGCAGCACCUGCAUCACGCAAGUGGGUCAACUCUUCCAGUCCUUUUCAUCCACUCUGGUUUUAAUUGUCCUGGUCACUCUCAUCUUCUGCCUCAUACUCCUCUCCCUCACCACCUUCCACAUUCACAAGAGCAAGAUGAAGAAGCGGAAAAUGCAAAAGGCUCAGGAGGAAUAUGAACGGGACCACUGCACCCGCAGAAGCAAUAGUGGCGUCCAGCAAACUGGGAUGGGGGUGCAGGGAGAAGGACCCCAAGGAAGAGACAGCCGGCUGGGAAGACCCCCCCAGGACUUGGAGAUCCAGCGUCCCUCUUCCCCUGCAGCCCCCAGCUCUCAGCAAGCACGGGCUUGUUUGGACACAGCUGGUGCAGGGCUCUUGCAGUCGGUGAUUUUGUCAUGAUGGUUUGGGGCAGACCUCACAAAGGCACUGGUGGUGUUUGUAAAUACCUGAAUGAUGAUUCUAGUCCCCGAAGAAGAAGAAAACAUUGCUAAUUCAAAUGAAUGAUCAAGCCCACAAUCCAAGCGCAUGACAGAUCACAUCGUGUUUCUCAUUGACUGUGCAAGGAAAGGAUGCGUCUUUUUGCUGGAGAAGGAGCUGCACCCAGCUACCAAAUAUC